GGAAGUGACUUCACCCACGAAGUCGCUCGCUUUCCUUUUCCCUCCCGGUCUUUCCCCUUGUCUCUCAUCUCCUUAAGGUUCAGUGCAAGGAACGCUGGUCUUUGCAAAGCGGCUCAGGGGAUCUUUCCAAGCGAAGGACUGGGGAGUCUUUGGCCAAUCCAGUCAUGUCUGUGGGCUGCAUUUACACACGGCUGAGUCCUCUGCUUCGACCAUCCCGUGUGAUGCUUUUCCAUCAUCCCAGUUGUGCCAUCCAUGCCUCCAGUGCCACACUUGCUGGACACAACAAGUGGUCCAAAGUCAAAAAUGUUAAGGGGCCUAAAGAUGCUGCACGUUCCUUGGUCUUCCAAAAACUUACCAUGAUGAUCCGUUUUGCUGUGAAGGAAGGAGGAUCGAACCCACAACUUAACACCAAUUUAGCCAACAUUAUUGAGGUGUGCCGAAGGAAGAAUAUGCCAAAAGGCUCUAUUGAAACAGCCAUUUCUGGUGCGGAGAAAACGAAAUCCAUUUAUCACUUCUGCGGCAUCCGAGGUCCAGGUGGCUCCUCCUUAUAUGUUGAGAUACUGACAGACAACUUAAAGAGGACUUCCAAUGAAAUCCGAUAUCUUUUAAACAAAAAUGGGGGGAGCAUUACCGAAGGGAUUCACAAUCAUUUUGAGAAAAAGGGGGUUGUGAUUGUCAGCAAGGAAGACAAAUCCAACAAUCCUGUCAGCUUGGAUCGGGCACUUGACUUGGCAAUUGAAGCUGGAGCUGAAGAUGUCCAGGAAGAGGAAGAGGAAGAUGAGAAGGUGGUGCUCAGGUUUAUUUCCGCUGUGUCUACCUUGCACCAAGUACGUGAAAAACUGGAGUCGCUGGGCCUUUGUUCUUUGUCUGCUGGCCUUGAAUUCAUCCCAGUUGUCCACGCUCAGCUAUCAGACGCAGAGAUGGAGGGGACCGUGAAGUUGUUACAGGCCCUUGAGAACCACGUAGAUGUUGUACGGGUAUACAACAACAUUGCUUAGUUUUACCGGCAUUACCUCCAGGAGGUACUGAAGCCUUACAAGCUAAAUUCUGGUUUUAUUUCCCCCCCAAUCCAAAUCAAGACUAUUAACGGUAAAUGAGGUUUGCUGUGUUUCGGACAAGCCUGUGUGCCUCUUUGCCCUCCUUUUCAAGUUUCUUGCCAGAGGACAACCCCAUGGCAUGUACCAAAUGGGGAUGCUAAAAGAGUGCUGGAGCAAAAAGAUAACUUGGACAACUUCUGCCACAAAUAUCUGGGAUUGGUUCCUGACUUCCAUUGGAAGACAGGAUUGCUGUCUCAUUAGCACCUCAAUAUAACAAAACAAUAAUGUCCAAACAGAUAUAUUCCCAAGCCAAUGGAGAUACACUAACUGAAAGAUCAGUAAUCUUAAUAUAACCGGAUACCUUUUUGGUCCACUUUUCCUGAGUUGUUGGGAGAUAGUUUUGCCUUCUUCAAGCAUGCAAGUUCGUGAAAAAUCCUACACACACAAACACAGACCUGGAGAGGAAUGCGGGUUUUAUGUGUGAUGGACCCAGACUGGAUACAUACUUGGCUCCUUUGAGAUAUCUCUGUGAUGGGCAUUAAAUGCACCCGAAUAGCCAUUCUGAAUCAUACUAAAGCAUUUGUUCUGGAAAAUCAUUCAGCAGCAAUUCACAUCUAUGUGACUACGAUCUGUAUCCCUUCAAUCUUCCGCUUAGAUCAAAUUGUUCAGAAAUGCUAAUACAGAAUGCUGGUAUGUAAACAAUGUCUACUUACAUUGAUAAUUGUGCAUCCAAAUAUACUUUUAAAAGGCCGCUUGAUAUGGUUCAUCAAAUCUGAGAAAAAAGUGCAUUUUGUAGUUGUGCGGCUUGUGUGUCUCGGAUGUGUAUAGGUACUCCUCAGUUUAUGACCAUAAUAGGAGCCUGCCAUUACAGUAAGUUAUGAUGGUCAUAAAACAGUUCACCCAUGUGACUGAUUCAGUUUUUAUCUUUUUUGUGGCACUCAGAGCACCGCAAUGGUUGUAAAAUGAACCUGUUGUUUGCUAUGUGCCAGUUUUGCCUGAAAGCACAAAGUAAAUACUGAUUUUCAGCAAAACUGUAAACCGCAGACAUAUAACAAUGGGACACUGCUAAUGGCUGUAUAUGCAGGUUGGCUGCUGAGUACCCAAUGUGUGAUCACAGGAUGGUUUUAGUGGGUGAGGGCAGCUGUCAGAAUUUCAGAACCAUGUUGUAGGUGAUGGGAAGUGUCCACCGUAACUUCAAAUGGCUGCUAAGCAACUGGUCAUAAGUCGAGGACUAUGUAUAUAUGAAUGCUGAUGAAUGUACCUGUAACAGUGAUGGGAUUAAAAAAUUUUUACUACCGGUUCUGUGGGCGUGGCUUGGUGGGCGUGGCAGGGGAAGGAUACUGUAAAAUCUCCAGUCAGAGGUGGGAUUUGCCGGUUCUCUGAACGACUCAAAAUUCUCCAGAACUGGUCAGAACCUGCUGACGGCCAUCUCUUCUGUAAGCAUGUCACAAUUGAUUUGCACAGGUAGGAUUAUGAGCCUAUGCAUUACAGGUUGAAAAAAAGAAAUCCUUUUCUUAAGAGGAGAAUUUUUUUUAAUCAGAUGAGCAACAUUAUUUUUGUAUUAAUAUUCUCUCCUCCUACCAUCAGCUUUCUUCAUAGACAAAUUUUAGGCUCAAGGACAAGUUGCAAAGUCAAGACUUAUGGACAAAUUUUUUAAUAUACUAAAAAAAAAAUCAAUAACAGGAGGGG